UUACACGUCCAAGGCAGAAUCCGAUACCAACUCCUCUCUUCCCACGUGUCCCUCAAAUUAACAAACAUUAUUAUUAUAUUACAAAAUUAACAAGGUACCGUCCUAUCCUAUGUUGUAUAAUCUCAACCUAACCGUUUUCUUUGUUUUCUUCUUCAUCUUCAAUUAAAUCUUCUUGCUAUAAUCAAAUCAAAUACUAAUUGAGACACACACAAAUGACUAAGUUGUGGACUUUGAUCACCCAGCUUCAUUCUCUUGCUGGGCCGGUUUUGACGUUAUUGUACCCUUUGUAUGCAUCGGUGGUAGCUAUAGAAAGUCCAUCCAAGCUGGAUGAUGAACAGUGGCUAGCUUAUUGGAUAAUCUAUUCCUUUCUCACCCUUGGGGAAAUGCUUGCUCAACCUGCUUUAGAGUGGAUACCAAUUUGGUAUGAUGUGAAGCUAUUGGUAGCAGCAUGGUUGGUGUUGCCACAGUUUAAAGGAGCUGCUUACUUGUAUGAGAGGUUUGUGAGAGAUCAUAUAAGGAAAUAUGUGACGGAGAAGGAGCACCACCGGGUCCCCCACCGUCCUCCUCCUCCUGAGAAACAGCAACAGCAACAGAACAAAAAAUUAUCACCCAGUGGAAGCAAGAGCAAGAAAAAGUUCGUUGAUUUUAUCCUUCCUAAGAAAGGGGAUCAGGAGGCUUAUUGAAUUGAGAAGGACGGUGCUGAGUAGUGAAUUUGGGUUUUCACCAGCUUCACUUUUUUAAUUUGGAACAAUGGUUUUACAUAGUAUUUUACUAUAUAUGUAUGUGACUUUUGAAGCUUGGAGUAAUGCUAUUUCCCGAUCAAAAGCAACACUAUAUUUCGACCAUGUAUAAAUAUACAUACCACUUAUCAAUAUACAUAGUAUUUAUACAA